AUGACAUCAAACCCAGAAAGGAAAGCCGUGUUCAUGGUGCCUCCCAGCACUAGCUCUUCUAUGGUAUCUUCUGGGCCUCCAUAUCCUCGUAAUCAACCUACACCUCCGUACCCUAAUAACCAACCUCAAGUUCAUCUGUACCCUGGUUACCAAUCCCAAAUGGUCAUACCAAAUGGAAAUGGGUGUAGUGAACAAAAAGUCUGGAAUGAUGGCAAAAUCUUCGGGGCCAUCCAGAUCCUGACUGGAUUGUUGCAUAUUAGUUUGGGGAGUGUUUUAGUGGCUUCAAUAAUUGGGGGACACAUUUCAUUCACUUUUAUUGGCCUGUAUCCCUACUGGGGAGGUGUUUCAUUCAUCAUUUCCGGAACCUUUUCUGUGGUAGCGCAGAAGCGACCAAUCACUUCUUGCAAAACAAAAGGAAGUUUGGGAACAAAUAUUCUCAGUGCCAUCUUCUCAGCUGUGGGUGUCAUCCUUCUAAUCGCAGAUCUCAGUAUCAAUUCAAGAAGAUAUUAUUAUAUUGAAUAUGGUAUCCCCUACUACAAUUCAGGUGUGGCUGCAGGAGUGGGGAUCUCAGCCGUGUUACUCAUCUUUUCUGCCCUGGAGCUUGUCAUCAGCUCCAUCUGCUCUCAUGCUGGAUGCAAAGCUGUCUCUUGCCAGACCAACUAG